ACUCAGUGGAAGAAGUUUUGGUCUCUGUGGCUUCCCGUUGUACGUCAUUGUAUGUUGACGUGUGGCUACAGACAGAUGGCUUCUGACUUGCUAGCCAACUAGCUGAUACUUCUUGAUAGUGUAGAGUUAACGAACGCAUUGACAGCUGACUGUUUUUGCAAACGCGUAAACGUAUAAUAAUGGCGGCUGACUGGGAAGAAAUUCGUCGGCUUGCCGCUGAUUUCCAAAGAGCGCAGUUUACUGAUGCAGUACAAAGGCUGUCGGAGAGGAAUUGCAUUGAAAUUAUUGCAAAACUCAUUCAGGAAAAAAAGCUGGAUGUUGUGCACACACUUGAUGGAAAGGAGUAUAUCACCUCAGCACAGAUUAGCAGGGAGAUCCGAGAUGAGCUCUACGUCCAUGGAGGUCGAAUCAACAUUGUGGAGCUCCAGCAGAUCAUCAAUGUGGAUUGGGUCCAUGUUGAAAACAGAGCAAGUGACAUUGCAAAGUCUGAUAAAGGGGUUCAGCUUGUUCUGGGACAGCUUAUUGAUGACACAUACCUGGACCGUUUAGCUGAGGAGGUGAAUGACAAACUGCAGCAGGCUGGUCUGAUAACUGUUGCAGAACUGUGUAAAAGCUACGACCUCCCAGGAGAUUUCUUAACUGAGGAGUUGUCAAAGCGUCUUGGGAAGCUUAUCCAAGGGGAAAUGGACCAGUACAAUAGGGGAAUCAUAUUUACUCCAGGUUUUGUUGCUCGACACAAAGCCAGAAUACGAGGGCUUUUCAGUGCCAUCACAAGGCCAAUACCUGUCAGCAGCAUGAUUGGAGCAUUUGGAUUUCAGGAACAUCUUCUCUAUUCUGUUUUGGAGGAGUUGGUGAAUAAUGGGCGCCUAAAAGGAAGCGUGGUAGGAGGGCGGCAGGACAAAGCUGUGUACAUCCCGGAUAUAUACUCCAAAACGCAGAAUACAUGGGUGGAUUCUUUUCUCCAGCAGAAUGGAUAUUUAGAGUUUGAUGCAUUGGUCAGACUGGGGAUCCCUGACCCCCCCAGUUACAUUAAGAAACGCUUCAAGUCCAACAAGCUGCUGUUCCUCAGAGCAGCCUGUGUGGGUCAGGCUCUGGUCGACCAGGUGGAGGCCUUGGUGGAGGAGGCUGUCAAUUCUGCCACGUGGACUGACAUACAGCCCAUUCUGCCCAGCUGCCUGUCUGUAGAGGACAUCGGGAUGUUGAUCAGCCAGGCUAUGAGGAACUCCAACGUCCAGUCUGCUGCCAGAGUGCUAGGAGGCACAGUCGUCAUCAGUGAGAAGUUCAUCAGCAACUGUCUGCUUUUAUUUGAUGAGGCCAUGCAGCAGAAAGCUCAGAAGGAAGUCAAGAACAAUCCAGUGUUUCUGAUAACUGAAGACGAUCUGAAGCAAGCGUCCAUGCUGACAGAGAGCUCAGCACCUUCGAAAAAGGAGAAGAGAGAAGCUGAACGCAGGAAAAAGGCCACAGAGGGCAGUGGCAGUGUGAAAGCAGGCGGAGGAAGCAACGCCAGGGAGAUCCGGAUUCGUAAAACCAAGAAGAAAGGCAGGAAAGACGAGGACAGUGAUGAGGAAACCGGGCCUUCACAGCAAAAUCGGAGCAAACAGACUGAAGCCUCCUUUAUGGCCCAGGAGGAGAUCAUAGUUAUUUUAGAGGAGAGACUAAGCGACUACCCUGAAGAAGUCCUCUCAGAGCUGGCAGACCAUUUAGUCAGGCCUCUGAAUAAAGCCUAUCAGGAGGUGCUGCGGACAGUUUUCAUGUCCUCCACCAGCUCUCUGUCAGGGGCCAACAAGAAGAAGAGCAUGAAGGAUCUGCAGGAGGAGAUCAGCAACCUGUACAACAACAUCCGACUCUUUGAAAAAGGCACCAAGUUCUUCUCUGAUGAAACCCAGGUCCACAUUGCCAAGCACGUCCUGAAGACUGUGUGCACGGAUGUCACCAACAUCCUGGUUAACUUCCUGGCCACUGAUCUGAUGAUGUCUGUGGAGAACCCGAGCUCCAUCACUGCUGAGGUCAGAGUAAAGAUUCUAAGCAAACUGUCUGAGGAGACCAGAGGGCCUCUCCUGAAGCUGCACAACUGCCUAAAUGGCAAAACCAUUGAAGACUUUCUGACCAAAAUAGAGGACUGUGCUGAAGUGUGUGGAUUCAUACUGAAGAAGGGAGACAAGAAAAAGGAGAGACAGGCCCUGUUCCUGCACCGCCAGGCUCUCAGUGAGCAGCUGAAGGAGACAGAGGACCCAGCUCUGGUCCUCCACCUCACCAGCGUGCUGCUAUUUCAGGCCUGCACCCACUGCAUGCUGCAUGCUCCAGGUCGCUGCGUGCCUCAAAUCAUCGGCACGCUCACAGGCCGGAUUAGUAUGGAGCAGCAGCAGCUGCUGUCUGCCUACCAGAGCUUGGUGGUGAAGCAGCUGGUGAGCCAGAGUCAGGGCAGAAAGCAGGAGGAGGCCGUGGGUGAGGCCAGCAAGGCAGAGGAGCAAGAGGAGGAGGCCAGUAGAGACCGUGCACAGCUGAUGGCUCUGACAGAUCAGGUGAAGGAGCUGGUGCUGACCCAGAGGAAGAUGUCCGUCACAGAGGACUGAUAAUUUCAAAGAUUGGAGAACUGAUCUAUGAGGAAUCUUUAUAUUACAUGUUCAGAUAACACAGAUCAGCCAAUACUACUGUGUGUUGUGAUUUUUCUGUUGACAUAAUUCUAAAUUAUUAAAGGAAAUUCUGUGGGAUGUCUCCCUGUAAACCCAAUUAACAUGAAACUCCUCAAUGAAGAUUUUCUACAUUCAGUAAAAGUUGAUGUGGUCCCAUGUCCCCUUUCAGUUCUUUAGUGUGAGACCUUAUGUCCCAUGACUGUUCACUGUUUCUACAGAAAUGUGGAAAGAUGACAAAAUGUUCUAUAAAUAUA